CCGAUCAACUUGAAUUCGGGUUGAAAUCUGCUUCGUUCUCCACUCGAGUAUCAACUGAAACCCUCAAAAGCCCUUACCUCAGAGCAUAAACCCUCGACUAAAAUGGACGGGCAUGAUGAUGAAAUGAAAGACAAUAUGCCCUCUCCAACCAAUUCUCAGAAAACCGUUUCUGAUGAUGAAGAAAUAGACUACUCCAUCAAGCCAGAGUUCUAUGAUUCAGACCUUGAUGUAAAAGAUGAGUCAUGGGUUCAAAAGAAAAGGAAAGGGCGUGCUUCUGAUGCUGUCCUUAGUUGUCCAGCUUGUUUCACCACACUGUGCCUCGAGUGUCAGAGGCAUGAAAAAUAUGUGACACAGUACAGAGCAGUUUUUGUUGUUAACUGCAAAAUUGGAAGUGAUCAAGUGAUCCACCAAAAAGGCACAAAACCAAGAAAGGGCAAAAGUGGGAGACAAUCUUCUGAGCUUGAAACAGUCCCUGCUGGAAACCAAACCUUCAAGCACGUCAGCUGCUUAGUUUGCUCAACAGAGGUAGGCGUAAUUGAUGAGGACGAAGUUUAUCAUUUCUUCAAUGUUCUUCCUAGUGAGUCUUGACCUACGUUUCAUUAGCACUUAUGAGGACACGUUUAACUUGUUAUUCAGCCCUUUGUUUUUCUCGUCAUUCAAUAUUAGUGUUAGCAUUGUCUAAUAACAGAGUUGUAAGAGAUUAACAAAGAUCUUAGGCUUCUACUUAAUUGCAAGGAUGGUUUCACCUUUUCCACUGUAA